UGGACCAGGUAUCCAGUUCAUCCCGCAGCGUACCCGAAGAGAGCAGACACGUCUACAUUUUUAGAGAGAGAAAGUGAACACCAAAGUCCCCUUCCCCAUCUCCGCCUCCGUCCAUCCAAAGGCAUUAAUUAAUUCGGUUCUUUAAGUACCCUCUCUCCUCGUAUUAGUUCCCUAGUUUUAAUUCAUGGGAAGAAGAGGUGAGGAGGCAGCGGCUGGGAGGUUACGAUGAGCUCAAGCAGCGGGCAGGGGGCAAUCGGGGCCAUCGAUCACAUACGCCUGGCCUCCUAUCGUGUGCUGGCGAGCUGUGGGCCGUCCGAUGGAUGAGACGCCGGGGUCCGUGGGCACCACCGCCAGCUUGUCCCUGAGGCUGGGGCAGGCCCUCUUCUCCUCCGCCUCCCUCCUCUUUAUGUCCGUCGGCGUCGAGUUCUACAGCUACACAGCCUUCUGCUUUCUAGUCACAAUCAUGGGCUUGGUUAUUCCCUGGAGCUCCACACUGGCAAUGGUAGACAUGUAUUCUCUUUUUGCUGGAUGCCCUCUUCGCCUUCCUCGUGUCAUGGUGAUUGUAGUUGUUGGAGACUGGGUCUUAUCAGUGCUAUCACUCGCAGCAGCUUGUGCAAGUGCCAGUGUUAUAGAUCUUCUCAUCCACUUUGAUGGGCCCUACUGCCCUACCAAGUUUUGUGGCAGAUACCAGCUAUCUGCAGCAAUGGCUUUCUUAUCCUGGUUCCUAACUGCUGCCUCAUCUCUUUUCAACCUAUGGCUUGUGGCUUCGUGUGAAUGAAGAAAAGCAAGCCAAAAAGGAGAUGAAGAAACAACUCCCACCCGCAUUGCUAGCUCAGCUGUACUGUAGCUAGAAGCUAUACAUUCCUGUGGCGCGAAGAUUGGAAGUGCAAGUAGGAUAACUAAGCAAAUUGAGAGGAUCGAAACAAACCCCAAAAUCAUAAUAAUUGGUUGCAGAACAUACGCCAUGAACAACAUAAUCUUUGUACUCUGGUCAAGUAAUUGUGGUUAGAUCAACUUAUAUAAGCGAUGCUUUUAGGAUUUUUUAACCAUUAUUUAUUUAAGUUUCUGUCCUUUUUUUUCACUAAAUGAGAUAUUCUAGUUCUCUUACUAGUUAACUGAAGCAAAUAAGAGAAUUACGGAAUCUCUUGCUUUA